UAGUAACAAGUGCCGCUCAAUGGUCAAACUCGACAGCUGCUUCAGUUCGGACUGAACAGCAUGUACUGAACUGCCGUCCUUCAGUUACAAAGAUCGCAUUUAUAUCUGACAUUUUAUUAGCUAACAUAAUAAUAUAUAGAUCAAUGCGUGUGUAUUUAGAGACAAGAAGCAGUGUGCGACUAUCAGGGUGUUCAGAAGACAACCGUAUAGUGCUGAUAUGGACCAGGUCGAGUAAACACUGAACCAAAGAAGAAAAACUAUGGCUUCGGCACAACCUCCAAACUUCUCCUGGGUGGAUCCUGGCAAGGUUGCAGGACUGGGAAUGCCCCGAAUGACGGCUCACUAUCAGUACCUGCUGAACAACGGCAUCAAGCAUCUAGUGACCCUAAGCGAACGCAAACCUCCUUACCACGACACCUGUCCAGACCUGAUUUUUCAUCACAUCAGGAUUCACGAUUUCUGCGCGCCAACGUUUGAUCAGAUCAACAGAUUCCUGUCCAUAGUGGCGGAGGCCAAUGCGAGAGGACAGGCUGUUGGAGUGCACUGUUUGCAUGGUUUUGGACGGACGGGAACAAUGCUCGCCUGUUACCUGGUGAAGAGCAGGAAAAUCACUGGAGUCGAUGCCAUUAAUGAGAUAAGAAGCAUACGCCGAGGGUCCAUUGAAACCAGGGAGCAGGAACAAAUGGUGGUGCAGUUUUAUCAACAAAACAAGGUGUAAAAUGAGAAAUGUUUAUUU